AUGCAGCAAGGGAGGAGCUGGCCACUACCCCUCCUUCCCUCCCCCUUGGCUCCCUUUAAAUUCCUCCCUCCUCAUAUGGCUUCUUCAAGGACUCUAUCUCCCUCUUGGAUCUAUCGACCCUCAUGGGCUGCAGCGACUAAUCCCAAACACAAUUUUUUGUGUCCCCUUCGGAAGAUGUGUAGAGUUCUUGCUCGAGUGCUUACACCACCUCCUUCCAUUCUUGGGUUGUUACGACCUCCUUCCUUGCUUAGGAUGUUGGUUUCUUUGGCUUUGGGAAGUGUUUUCCUAGAUUUGUUCUUGGAUUGGCUAUUGUUUCCCUCUUGGUGCUUUGUUCUUUCACUCAUCAUUAGUCUUGGUGGCGAUGUCUCGGUCUUCAUGGAAGCAGCGGCAGCGGUACUUUGGCGUUUGGUGGUGUUUCUACUUUUGGUUGGCUUUAGCUUUAUGCUAGUUUUGUAA